UAUCCAAAACUUCGCAAUGUCAACUGACUUCCGUUUCUUGGUAUCUUAAACUCGCUGUCACGUAACAUGGUUUUCCAUCCAUUCUAACAACUGGACGAAUUUCAACGACUGGUUUUAAAUUUAUCACCGACCAAGCGUUGUACAUAGCGCGACUCGAUGAACAAAGACGGUCGCCACGACGGACGACGGCGCGGCGCGGGGCAGCACCGUCUGGGACCGAGAGUCGGCCACGCAGGUGACGGGAGGGAAAGGUCUGGGAGCAACAGCUCGGGGUCGUCACAUGGAGGAGGCAAAAAUAAAAACGCCUCCAUUAAUGUGCUCAAGGCAUCUUUCCAGCGCUCCAACAGUCAUGAUAAAGUACGAAAGAUCGUCGCCGAAGAAGGUCGCGCUGCUCGGAACCUGAUUGCGUGGAGUGUCCCACUGGAGAGUAAAGAAGAGGAAGCAAAGUCCAAAAGUCACACCACUGGCAGCUCCAGAGCCCAAAGGACUUUUUUUGGACAGCAAAGGAAUAAGAAACAGAAUACUGGUGUGGAGAGUAAAAGCAUAGCUGGCACCUUGUUGGAAAAGGGGCCAGAGAAAAGCCCUACAAAAGCCCGGCAGCCUCGCAAAGUGGACCUACGAGCACGCUACUGGGCCUUUCUGUUUGACAACUUGCGACGUGCAGUGGAUGAGAUCUACGUCACGUGCGAGUCCGAUCAAAGUGUUGUAGAAUGCAAGGAAGUGUUGAUGAUGUUGGACAACUACGUGCGGGAUUUCAAAGCCCUCAUCGACUGGAUUCAGCUCCAGGAGAAGCUAGAGAAAACCGAUGCCCAGAACAGGCCCACGUCUUUAGCCUGGGAAUUACGUAAGAUGUCACCAGGACGUCACGUGGUGCCUAAUGCCUCUGCAGACAGAAUGGUUUCCUCUCCGGGUGCACGUCGGGCACUAAAUUUUGGUGGACCUCCACCCACACUGGCCGCAGCCCGGCUGUCUCUUACGGGCCCCAGUUGGGCAGACAGAGUGAAAUGUACGAAGUCUGCUCCAAGUUCUACUCAGCUGAUGACUUCUUCUGUUGAAAAGCCAAGUAAAAAAGAUUCUGAAGGCUGGGAAACUGUCCAACGAGGUCGUGCAGCCAAGCCUCGCUCUGCCACCAUGAUUGCCAAGGUCAGUCCAGUAUUGGCCACUCACGUCGCCCCAAAGCAGGACAGCACCAAGAACCGGUCACUUGUACCGCCACAAGAAGAGCAUCCCGUCUGUUCCCAGUGCCCCACUCAUGUGGACGCAACCCAGGUGGACUCAGAGAAGAAAGUUCCGACAUUCCAGGAUCCCCCAGGGAAGGAUAAACAUCCAGUCAGUAGGGAUAGUGUGGAGCCCCCAGCAGAGAAUGCACAAGACUCGGGGCACUCGGGUGUCGACGCACCCCGCAACGACGCGCCUCCCCCUAUAGCUGAUAUCACCCCUUCCCAAGCCCCAGAGCCCACCUUGUGUUCAGCUGCAGCCCCACCAGCAGACAUGACCAUAUCAGUCCCACCCCCUGCCCUCGCCCACUCUGCAUCCUUAGAGCGACCUCAGACGGAUGGGCUCGGCGGACUCUUGGCCUUGGGGGACAGUGUGGCUGAGGGGGGCGCGUUGCAGGGCAUGGCCACAUCUGCUCCACAACAGGCUGAGACUCCCAUGGAUGCGGUGAAACUGGAGAGUGUGCUGGACCCCACAGAGCUUUCCACUCCUCAGUCCAUGGCAGAGGUCUUGGCUAAGAAAGAAGAGCUUGCCGAUCGACUAGAGAAGGCUAAUGAAGAAGCGAUUGCCAGUGCCAUUGCAGAAGAAGAGCAGCUGACCAGAGAGAUUCAAGCAGAGAACAAUGAUCUUGAGACCGACAACGAAAAUGACUUCCCGGCUGGCAUGGCUAAUGGAGGGUGUGGGCCCAUUAUGGAGUGGAGUGAAAUGUUGGCAGACUAUGAUGCGAGGGAGGCCUGGCGUCAGAAUACCUCAUGGGGCGACAUGAUGGAGGAAGAGCCGGCUCGACCUCCUGGACACGGGAUCCACAUGCAUGAAAAAUUGUCCUCGCCAUCACGCAAAAGGACUAUUGCAGAGUCAAAGAAGAAACAUGAAGAGAAACAGCUGAAGGCUCAGCAGCUGCGAGACAAAUUGCGAGAGGAAAAGACGCUCAAACUGCAGAAGCUUUUGGAAAGGGAAAAGGAGGUGAGGAAAUGGAAGGAAGAGUUGUUGGAACAACGGAGGAAGAUGAUGGAGGAAAAGCUGCUGCAUGCAGAGUUAAAACGAGAGCUUCAACUCCAGGCCAUUGUGAAGAAGGCUCAAGAGGAAGAGGCCAAGGUAAAUGAGAUAGCAUUCAUCAAUACUCUUGAAGCCCAGAACAAGAGACAUGAUGCCCUAGCGAAAUUAAAUGAAUAUGAGCAACGCCUUAAUGAGCUCCAGGAGGAUAGGCAGAGGAGGCAGGAGGAAAAGCAGGCCAGAGAUGAAGCUGUGCAGGAACGUAAACGAGCCCUCGAAGCUGAGCGGCAGGCACGCGUGGAGGAGCUGUUGAUGCGGCGCAAGGAGCAGGAGGCCCGUAUUGAACAGCAGCGGCAGGAAAAAGAAAAAGCAAGAGAGGAUGCGGCACGGGAGAGAGCUAGAGACCGAGAGGAGCGUCUGGCCGCUCUUAGUGCAGCUCAACAGGAGGCCAUGGAAGAGCUGCAGAAGAAAAUUCAAAUGAAGCAUGACGAGAGCAGCCGUAGGCAUAUGGAGCAAAUGGAGCAGAGGAAGGAGAAGGCGGCUGAGCUCAGCAGCGGCCGACACGCCAACACGGACUAUGCCCCCAAACUUACGCCAUACGAGCGCAAGAAACAUUGCUCACUCUGCGCUGUUGUGAUCUCCUCAGAGGUGCACCUGUUCAGCCACACCAAGGGCAAGAGGCACCAACAGGCCGUGCGAGACAGUAGCAGCAUCCAGGGACGGGAGCUCUCCGACGAAGAAGUGGAGCAUCUUUCCUUGAAGAAAUACAUUGUGGACAUCAUGACUGACAGCUCCGUUUCCUCUGAGAGUGUAAAGGAUAACGAGGAGAGGCAAAAGGCCCGCAAGAAGGCGAAGAAGCUCCGUGCCAGGAUGAACUCCAGAGCAAAGCAAUACGAGACGUCGUUUGAGGCAAAGACGCAAGUUCCUGACUCCCCGUACAAAGCCAAGUUACAACGCCUCGUGAAGGACCUUUUGAAGCAACUACAGGGCCAAGAUAGCAGCCAGUGGGCCAACAAUAAAGUGUCCGGUCUGGAUCGAACUUUGGGAGAGAUUUCUCGCAUCUUGGAGAAACAGAACACCGCAGACCAAAUAGCCUUCCAAAUGGGCGGCGGCUUAUCAGCUUUGGAGCAAAUCCUGCAAGUCGUCACUGCUGCCUCUUCACCCACGGCCCUUCCCCGUAUUCCUUACAAGUCCCUUUGUGUUGCUGUGAAUACCUACUUUUCGACAUGCUCCGGCUGUCCCCUCAACUGCUCCUAUGUGCUGUUCAGCAACAAGAUCGCUCUCCUCAUGGACUUACUGCUUCACCAGCUAACGCUUUAUGUUCCAGAUGAGGAUAAGUCCAUCUUUGGCCGCAGUGUUAACAAACAAGUGUUUGAGGGUUUUACCACCGGCCUAUUGCAGACCACUGCGACCGUCUUGGGGUGCCUGUCUCCGCUGACCUCAGAGUCAGGAAAAACGGAAAACACGGUGAUUUCUUCGCCAGAUCCCAAGGUCAAGAACAGCGCCACAGAGUCCUUCAAUACUCGCACGCAAGACCUAAUCAGCUAUGUGGUUAACAUGGGUUUGAUUGACAAGCUGUAUGGGUGCUUUUUAUCCAUCCAAAGCCCUGUGGAUGAGCACCCCAAGAUGUCUGCUUUCCUCCAGCAAGCCUCAGCUUUGUUGUACAGCACGUGCAAGCUGUGCUUUGUCGUAACUGGACGUGGGUCCACUAUAUUUGACAACAAACGUCAGGACCCAACUGGGCUAACGGCCCUGCUGCAAUCGACAGACCUAGUGGGAGUGGUGCACACGCUCUAUUCCAUCCUGCUGCACAGCUUCUCGCCGGAGUCCUCCUCUCAGAGUCAGGAACCUUACAGCCCAGGGGUUAUCCAGGUGGCUUUGCAAGGCAUCCGCUUCCUCAACAGUUUUGCCCUGCUUGACCUCUCUGCCUUCCAGACUGUUCUAGGAGCCGAGGGCUUGUCGCUCGCGUUCCGCCACAUCGUCAGCUCGUUGUUGUGGUACUGUACCCAGCAUUCGGCCGAAGAGCUGCUCCACGAAGUCAUCAUCUGUGUCGGAUACUUCACUGUCAAUCACCCGGACAACCAGGUGAUCGUGCAAUCUGGCCGCCAGCCCAGCGUGCUGCAGAAACUGUGCCAGCUGCCGUUCCAAUAUUUCAGCCACCCUCGCCUCAUCCGCGUGCUCUUCCCCUCUCUCAUUUCGGCGUGCUACAACAACGGACCCAACAAGGUCAUCCUGCAGCAAGAGAUGAGCUGCGUCCUGCUCGCCACUUUCAUUCAGGAUUGUUCUUCAAAUGAGAAACAAUACGACAGUAAAACAAAGCUGAAUGCAUCACUUGAGCAGUUGGAUUACUGCGAGUUGCCCAACCGCUUCCCUCGAGACCAGUGGGACUCGGCGCUGCAGUUUUUCCUCAAAAAGCAGGACGAGUGACAGACUGCCAACCUUAAAGAAAAGCACCAUCGACUCUCUGACCUGAAGCUGAUCUGACAAAAAAAACUUUCAAAUGUUAAGAAAAAAAAUGUGAAAUCCUUGUUCUGUGUUGCUGCACCUGCUGCGAAAGCAGACUGAUGUGCAUGAGGAAUUUGCACCAAAUAGCUUGUUUGUUUAAGAGCAACAAAAGUUUGUUUCUGUUCUGGAAACGUACAUUUAUUUAUUUAUUACAUUUGUCCUAUUUUGUACUCAUCUUAUGCCAGUCAUGACAUCCACUACUUCCAAACGCGUUCGCAAUGUUUUUUUUUCUGACUGGCACCUUUUUCGGUUUCUUCCUUAAGAAGGCAAAACGCUAAUUUAAUCCUAGAUUACUGUCAACGCACAGGUUAAAUAUUUAUACCAUUAUAGUUUCUAUUCAUGUAUGUAAUAAAAGUUCAUUUUGCUCAA